AUGGAUAAGUGGAAACCAAUACCAAAGUCAUUUCCGGAUCAACGACCGGGCCAUGGAGCAGCCGACCUCAACGGGUACUUCGAUACCCGAGACACUGAGGUAACCUCCAGUGAUAGACCUCUACAACGUGAAGAGUCAUUUGCUGAAUCGACACAUUCUGACUCUGAGCCGCAGUACAAGUUCAGCAAACUCAGAAAAGCUCGAGAUUCAAUAUUCGUCGCUCGCGCUCACAUCGGCAAUGACAGUGAUGAAGAGGACGAAGAAACAACGACAGAACGACACCCUCAAGUACUGAUAGAAGAGGAUAUUGUCGUACGCCGACCAACAUCUAAUUUGAGCAAUAAGACGAGCGAGAACGCCCGAAAAAGUCGGGCUUCUGUGCGCUUUUCCGACUUACCUGAGGAAGGAGCGGGCGGUGUUGCUGGUAGAGGCGGAGGAGAUAAACCUCAAACACAGGUUAAAAGAACAGAGGGGUUUUCAAACCCAAGUUUUGUUGAUGACCACGGAAACGAGUCGGAAGAUUACAGUGAAAUGCUUCAAAAUAACGGCACAGCAGAAUGGCAAUCAAACCUUGAAACAAAUGAAUUUUGGGCCCGUGACAGUUCAAGCGACGAUGAUGAUGAGAGCGCCCUCGACUACAGCAAGCCCGCCUGGGAUUCAUUCGAGUCAAUACCAACUGAAGACGCAGACGAGACGCUCAGUUCUGAGUGGUCCAAGUUUUUUCUAAAGCUCUUUAAGCUGAUCUCCUAUGGCAUUACCUUUGCGCUUGUCCUUGGCUCUGGAGUGGUGGCCAAGCUGUCCCUGUCACUGAUUGCCAGCAUGACUCGGGUCAAUAAAACAGUAGUCAACUGCAACCCCAAUUUGCCCGACAUUUUAGAUCACGACAAGCACUACCACAGCUUACUAGGCCUUAAUUCACCCGAACGCUUUGCCUGGCUUUGGGUGCUUUUUGCGGUGCUCAUCACGCCUGAUGUGUUCACUUUUCUUCGAAGUCUCAAGAGUUGCCUCUUUAAGCAGUACAACGUUGAUCCACAACACGGCGUAGUCGUCAACAGAGACGUCGUCGACUGGUUGUGGAUCAUUCCGCUAUCUGGUGCGCUCAUCUCGCUUGGAUUUUGGGAGAACUUUACAACUGAAAAUAGCAAUGUCAAGUUUUUGCGAAGGCUUGGCAAAAUCAAAUCACUUUCAGUGGUAAACAAGAAUGCCGUCUACCUGUAUGUGUCCAUUUGGAAAUGCAUUCUCUACUUUGCAAUGUUGCUUCUCAUUCAAGCCUUUGCUGCACUAUAUCAUGAGAAAAACAUCAAAUCUUCUUGGAAAACGAUAGAACUUUUGUUUACCAGCUUUACAAAAGCCUUUAAUUGGCACGAAAUUGAUCUAGAACGUGAAAACUCUUUAGUAAACAAAGUACUGCACACAACAGUCAAUGGCUGGCCCCCAGUAAUACUUGGUUUAAUUCAAAUUGGCUCUUCUUUUCUCUGCUACAACACUGUGCUCUGGGUGUGCAAAGUUUGCAUUCAACCAUUCAGCUUUGCAAUACCCAUCAACUUGAUACUACCCGUAUCGGUUUCGCUGAUGAACUUUUUUGUCAACCAGUAUUCAAAAGAUGUUUGCUUCUUUUCCAAUAUUUACAAUCCAUUUGAGUACAUCUUCUGGAACGCACACUACAACGUGUUUGACUUGACCAAGUUCUUUAACUGGGCCAUACUUUUUCUGUGGCUCAUCUCUUUCCUUUCACAAGUGAUUAUAAACAACCACGUUUGGAUUUCCUCCAAAGAACGACUGGCAGCAAUUGACAAACUCUUCAUUUUGCCCUUUUUUAGUUCAGCCGUUCUUGAACAGUCAAUCAUGAUGAACCGUCGAAUAGAUGAGGAGCUAUUUGAGCGUAAUUUUAACAAUGAAACGCAUUCAGACCCAAGUGAAAUUGAUGAAAAUAACAACAGUUUACACUCAAUUACAUCGGGAAUUGGAAUGGGAAACACUGGUGAAAAAAUUAGAAUUUACGCCUGCGCGACUGUUUGGCACGAAACUGCCGACGAACUAGUGCAAAUGCUUAAGUCAAUCAUGAGAGUGGAUGAAGACCAAGCAUCUCGACGCUUAGCAGUAAAGUGGCUCAAAGUGCAAGAGCAUCAAGUGGACUACUAUGAAUUUGAAACACAUCUUUUUGUUGACGACGCAUUUGUUUUUGGCAAAACACUCACUGAAAACGAUCGACACAUUAACGAGUAUGUGAAGAUUCUCAUUGACGUGCUGAACGAAGCGGCGGAGAAUGUUCACCAGAGGCCGGUUCGAAUUAGACCCCCGAGAAUUUACGUGACGCCCUACGGUGGCCGCGUUGAGUGGCGUUUACCUGGAGGCACCAAACUAAUUGCUCAUCUUAAGGACAAACUCAAGAUUCGACAUCGAAAACGGUGGUCGCAGGUGAUGUACAUGUACUACCUGCUGGGUUUCAAAAUCUACGAAAAAGAACAUGACGAACAAAAACGACAAAAGAUGACUGACAAAACAUUUAUUCUUGCUCUCGAUGGCGAUAUCAAUUUUCGCCCCGAAGCAGUUUUGCUUUUAGUUGAUCUAAUGAAAAAGAACAAAACUUUAGGGGCUGCUUGUGGAAGAGUGCAUCCUGUGGGCACAGGUCCCAUGGCUUGGUAUCAAGUUUUUGAGUACGCCAUUUCCCAUUGGCUGCAAAAGGCAACUGAACACGUGUUUGGUUGCGUCCUAUGCAGUCCCGGUUGUUUUUCACUGUUUCGAGCUUCGGCUCUCGUUGACAUCAACGUGAUGCAAAAGUACACAACUAAACCAACAGAAGCACUGCAUUACGUUCAGUAUGAUCAGGGUGAAGAUCGAUGGCUCUGUACUUUGAUGCUCCAGCAAGGGUGGAGAGUGGAAUACUCUGCUGCUUCCGAUUCGUACACGCACUGCCCUGAAGGUUUUGGUGAAUUCUACAUUCAACGACGUCGUUGGGCGCCCUCAACUAUGGCGAACAUUAUUGACUUGUUGAGAAGCUACAAACAAACUGUGAAGAAGAAUGAUAACAUAAGCUCUCUGUACAUGCUCUACCAGGCGAGCAUCAUGCUUGGAACCAUUCUCAGUCCUGGAACCAUUUUUCUAAUGCUUGUCGGUUCAGUCACCACUGCUUUUGGCCUGGCAACACAGCACAGCUUUUAUUUAAAUUUCUGCCCGGUAUUAGGUUUUGUGUUGGUUUGCUUCUUCUGCAAGACGGAUAUGCAAAUUCUAGUAGCGCAAAUACUUUCAGUCUUUUACGCAAUGCUGAUGCUUGCAGUUCUAACUAGCACAGCUAUUGAAAUUAAGAAAGAAACUAUUUUUUCGCCUUCAGUGGUCUUUUUUGUGGGAAUGAUUUUUGUUUUCGUUGUUGCAGCAUUUAUUCACCCAACAGAGUUCUUUUGCCUGUUUCCAGCUCCAGUAUACCUGCUGACCAUCCCUAGCAUGUACCUUUUGCUAACGAUUUACUCGAUGAUCAAUUUAAACAUCGUGACAUGGGGUACUCGAGAGACAGCGCCAAGUCAGCAACCAACCCAGCCACAGGCACCGGCAGCGCAAACACAAAAGAAAGACUCUAAUCUUUUUGACGAAAUCGGCAACUACUUUAACGGAAAAAACAAAUGGGAUUUCAGAUGCAUGUGCUGCACUUCGACUAAAAAUGAAGAGGAACUGUAUUACCUUCGGGACAUUAGGGAGUCAAUUGGCAAAGUGAAUACUGAAAUAGGCAGCAUCAAGAAUAAUGUCACCGCUCAGACAAAACUAGCCAAAGCUGAUCUUAAUUUAAAGAGGAGAAGUUCAAUGAUGUUUGCUUCUAGGAAGGUUACAUUUGACGACAAUGCAGAAUCAAGACCUCUGAUGGAUUUUAUUGUCGAUGACGAAGAGAUUGACGAGGCACUGAAUGUUUUGGACAGUUCACUGGAAGAAGUUAACCACAAAGAAGAUGAGCAGCCACCAGUGGCUCAGUUUUCUGCUCAAAACCCGCCUUGGAUUAGAGAUGAGGGCUUGGAAAAUGCAAAAGUUGUUUCAAUUAAAAAAAAUGAACGUGAUUUUUGGACUGCAUUUGUGGCAAAAUACCUGGCGCCUUUAAUUGAAGACAAACAUCAUCAAGACAAAGUGGCGGCUGAUUUAAUUGAUUUACGAAACAAAGCUGUUUUUGGGUUUGGUAUCAUUAACAUCAUUUUUGUGCUGUUUGUUUACCUACUUCAAAUGAACAAAGACAUUUUCAGCAUCACCUUUCACGUUAAUAGACACAUCAAUGGAACAUCAAUUGACCCAAACACUGGAGAAAGCAAUAUUGUGUACACUGACACUGCAAUCAAUAUGGAUCCAAUCAGUUUGAUUUUGAUUAUAUUUUUUGGGUCUAUUCUUUUCAUUCAAUUCAUUGGCAUGUUUAUGCAUCGUUUUGGUACCAUAACUCACUUGUUAGCUUUCACCGACAUUAGUUUUUUUGAAGUACGUGAAGAAGACAUUCUUGAUGACAAAAUUGUGGACCAAAAUUCAGUGCCUAUUGUCAAAUAUAUCAUGAAAAAGUACGACAAAGACUUGGAUGACGAUCCUAACUUCAGCAUGGAAAAGCACUUUCAAAAGUAUUACCUGGGAAUGAGGCCGCAGCACUUGGCUAAAGAAAUGCGACUACCGCGACGCAAAUCAAUUGCUCAUGAACUUGCAAAUCGCCAGAAAACUGCUCGACGCAUGUCAUUGUCAGCUGACAUGCAUGCCCGCCAUCUGCGUAACUUUCAGCAACAUCAACGGCAAAGCUUCCACAAUGGCUCAGAAACUGAAUCUGAGCCAGAAAUAAUGACACAGUUUGAACUCAAUUCUGAUGUCGUCGAUGGAAACAAUUCUAGUUUAAAACUGCGUCAAGUGUCGACGAAUUUUGCAGAAAACGUAAUUCAAGAUGCUCUAGAGUCAUUCAAUCAUUUCAGCCCAAAUCAGUUAGCGAAUCAAAAUGUAAAUAAUCAAAAUGACCAACCGGCAACCCUAACCCCGAGCUCACAA